AAUUCCAAGCUGAGAAAGACUGCUUGGUGGAAAGCUCCACCCUUCUCGCUCUCUCUCUCUCUCUCUGCUUGCUACUUGUUUGCUUGUUGCUUGUUGCAGAGAGCUUGGGAGAGAUCGAGCCAAAUGACGAGAAUGCCACUCAACUUCCGGCCGAUUCACUUUGGAGGCCUCUCUGGCAGCUGGUGGGAGAAGAUCAACGACUCCACUAAGUGGCAGGAUGGGAUUUUUUUCACUCUCUGUGCCGCUUACGCCCUAGUUUCAUCUGUUGCCCUGAUUCAAUUAAUAAGGAUUGAACUGAGAGUGCCUGAGUACGGUUGGACAACUCAAAAGGUUUUCCAUCUUCUGAACUUCAUUGUGAAUGGAGUGCGUGCAGUUGUAUUUGGAUUUCACAUGCUAGUGUUUACUUUGCACCUGAGGGUACUAAUUUUGGUACUUUUGGAUCUUCCUGGACUUCUGUUUUUCUCAACUUACACACUCCUUGUUCUAUUUUGGGCAGAGAUAUAUCAUCAGGCAAGAAGUUUACCAACAGAUAAGCUCCGGCUUGUUUAUAUCUCAGUAAAUGUUGGAGUGUACUUCAUACAGGUAUGUAUUUGGAUAUAUCUCUGGUUUGAUGACAACAGUGUUGUGGAAUUCAUUGGGAAGCUAUUUAUUGCAGUUGUAUCAUUUCUGGCUGCAUUAGGUUUCUUGCUAUAUGGAGGAAGGUUAUUUUUCAUGCUGAGACGCUUCCCUAUUGAAUCUAAAGGGAGAAGAAAGAAGCUUCACGAGGUUGGAUCUGUGACAGCAAUAUGCUUCACCUGUUUCCUCAUAAGAUGCUUUGUGGUUGUUCUCUCUGCUUUUGAUUCAGAUGCAUCACUUGACGUAUUGGAUCAUCCAGUUUUAAACUUGAUCUAUUACAUGCUAGUGGAGAUCCUACCUUCUGCCCUGGUCCUAUACAUUUUGCGUAAGUUGCCUCCAAAGAGAAUAUCAGCUCAAUAUCACCCAAUCCGUUAGCCAGAGCACAUCACAAAUUCCCAGCGGUAGUAUUCUUUUCACCUUGAAAAAAAUUGAUUGCGGCUUUAGUUGCUAAUGGAGUUGGGGGAGAGAAAUAGAGCCACAAAAUCAAUCAAUCCAGAUGUGUUUUCCUGGUAUGGCUCUUAUAUUGGAUGUAUAAUACAAAGAGCUCUCUGCACCGAACUGAUGCAGAUAUAACAAUUUCAUUCCAUGGAUUCUGUGGCUUGAAAGUUUGGAUACUGUCAACAUUUUUUUUGCAGGAAGGUUUCUUAAUUUGAUAAUGUGCGACAUAUUUUCUGUUUUUAGGGUUGUUGAGAUCAUUGUAUGAAUACUGUACUAUUUGCCUGUAGAAGUAAAUUAUUUCUUUCAUUA